GGAAAAUUUAAUUUUACGACUCUUGUAAAAAGGGCAAAAUCUCAAAGGGACAUUAAAGUGGGCGAGAAAAUUCUCCGUGUUUCGAGUUUUAUCUUGAUGUUUACUGACAGUAAAAAUAAACGUCAAAGUAAAAAUUUUCGGCAAAAUGUCCAGACAUUACAGCGCAAAUCAGUACGAAGUACCUUUUAAACCCAGUUAUCUGCGUAACUGGGAAGUGCCCAAAUACCAUUGCGGUAAACCGCGUUCUAGAAAGUGCAUAACCACGAUUAUUUCUAAUCCCAAAGGCCACUUGUUACCCAGAAUACCUAGAUCAUCCACGUGCAAACCUUUCGGAGACUAUGUUGGAACAUGGCAUUUACCAAAUAAAAUCACUCGUGAGUUGGCCAAUAAGCUUAACGGAAGUGCCGAAUGGCCAAUCUUGAAGCAAAAAUGUCGUCAAGAUAUUUCCGAAAUUUGUAAAAAACAAGAUCAUGCUACUACAACAGCACAACAAAAACUCGAAGAACAAACUAAGAAAUCAGAAAAACAAAUCAAAGAAGAUGAAUUAGUUCUUUGUCCAAUCCAUGGUUGGGCCAAAAGGGCUUCGGAAACUGAAUAAACGCAAAAUUUGAGUUUUAUAUGUUCCAGGAACAAGGAAACAUAAUAUAAAAAGAAAUUCUUAUCAUCACAAUCGAUUUUAUUAUUCGAGCAAGCUCUGUCGCUCCCUGCAGGUCUCCCCUCUCGACUCCUUUUAUUCUCGCUCCUGUCAAAAGUGUCAUUCAUGCG